CAGCUAACUCCUCCUCCUUUUGUUGAACAGCCAUUGUUGACAGGAUUCUGGACUCUUAUUGCGCACGAAGCAUGGGCUUAACUUUGAUGACCAACUCAAGUCAAAGUCUUGCAAGGCAAGGAAAAAUGGACGACUCCGCCCUCUAUAAACGCGCUUGUUGAAUUGUCGGCCAAAGACAUCGGACAAAGUCAUCGUCGGAGCCCAUGAACAGAGAAGAGAGGAGCCACGUCCACCGCCGGUGCCUCCCGAAGCGGAUCAUCCUGGUGCGGCACGGCGAGAGCCAGGGGAACCUUGACACGGCGGCGUACUCGACCACGCCCGACCACAAGGUCCCGCUUACUCCGCAGGGCGCCGAGCAGGCCCGCGCCGCCGGCGAGUGCAUCCGGCAGCUGCUGUCGUCGGAGGACGGGGAGAACUGGAAGGUGUACUUUUACGUGUCGCCGUACGAACGGACGCGGGCGACGCUGCGGGAGCUGGGCCGCGCCUUCCCGCGCAACCGCAUCGUCGGCGUCCGCGAAGAGUGCCGGAUCAGGGAGCAGGACUUCGGAAACUUCCAGGUGGAGGAGCGGAUGAAGGCCAUCAAGGAGGCGAGGGAGCGCUUCGGCCGCUUCUUCUUCCGCUUCCCCGAAGGCGAGUCCGCCGCCGACGUCUUCGACCGCGUUGCCAGUUUCAUGGAGUCGCUGUGGAGGGACAUCGACAUGGGGAGGCUGGAGCAGGACGAGAAGGCGGAGGUGAGCUUCGUGAUCGUGUCGCACGGCUUGACCUCGCGGGUGUUCCUGAUGAAGUGGUUCAAGUGGACGGUGGAGCAGUUCGAGCUGCUGAACAACCCCGAAAACUGCGACAUCAGAGUCAUGCAGCUCGGUCCCAGCGGCCGCGACUAUACCUUCGCCCUCCACCACUCCGAGGAGGAACUCAGGCAAUGGGGGCUGUCGCCGGAGAUGAUCGCCGACCAGCAGUGGAGGGCCACCGCCAACCGUGGCAGUUGGCACGAGAACGAUCUCUGGCAUCUGGGGAAUUUCUUCGAACACCUAAAGGACUCCGACGACGAGCAGAAGCCGACCGAGUAGCAGCCAUUUUUUUUUAACAUAAUUAUUGUCGCUUGUGUGUCAGAUAUUUUCACAUUGUAUUCGGAAAUAUUUUCCUAAAGAAAUUGCAUUGGAGGAAUCCAGGAAGCCAUGAUGCAGAAUA